CCUGCUCUGAGGUCUCAUCAUGAAGUCGUGUGCACAAACGUCUUUGUAAUCAUCUACUACGUGCCUGCGUGCAGCGUGACGGGCGCAGUUUGCACCCGGUUCUGUUGUUCCCAGAAAGCUUUAAAAGCGCCGCCCAUCUUCCAGAGCUCACAACACGCUCUUAUCUGAGACCAGAUACACUGCACCUACUCACGAGGACAAGAGACAUCACCUGAGAACAUGGACCCCUGCGACUGCUCCAAAAGUGGGACCUGCAACUGCGGAGGAUCCUGCACUUGCACAAACUGCUCCUGCACCAGCUGCAAGAAGAGCUGCUGCCCAUGCUGCCCAUCCGGCUGCACCAAAUGCGCCUCUGGCUGUGUGUGCAAAGGGAAGACUUGUGACACAAGUUGCUGUCAGUGAAGAGCCUGACCUCAGUCCGCUUCUGCUCUUGGAAUGGAGCCUUUGUGAACUACUUUAACUACAUUCCUGUUGCAAAUGUCUACAGAGAAUGGUGAAUUUUGUACUUGUUUAUGAUGUUGAAAUAAAUACAGUUCCUUGAAAA